AUGGACCUCAACACAUCUUCUUCAUCAUUGUUGUCCUCUUUACACAUGGCCGACCAACGUGUUUUCUCAUGCAGCUACUGCAGGAGAAAGUUCUAUAGCCCACAAGCAUUUGGAGGCCACCAAAAUGCUCACAAGCUCGAAAGAACCUUAGCCAAGAAAAGUCGAGAACUAUGCUCUGCUGCUAGGCAUCAACAAUCUGAAUGGAACCAAAUGUCAUCCAGGUUUGAUUGCAACAACUCAACCCAUGUUGGAAAGGUACAACCGUCCAUUGUCAUGGGUCUUGAACAUCAAGAACAUCUUGUACAGUUUGGUUCGAAUGAAAGGAGAAGAGAGGUGGAUUAUGGGUAUAAAGGUGAGACAGUUGACCAGCUUGAUUUGUCUCUCAGGCUUUAA